AUGACUUACAUACAGGUUCAACUACAAUUGCAAUUGCUUUCAACACUCAUACUAUCUAGAGGAAAAACCGAUUCAGCUAAUUCAAGACAUGUUAAUAGCGGCAAUAUUAUAAAAAAAGUCCAGCCAUCCUUAGAAGAAUUUAUAAUAAAACGAGAUUACACAGGAGCCAGAGCAUUUCUAGAGUUUUCAACCGAAGAGGAAGACGAUGAGAAAAAGUUACUUGUUGAUCAAUGGAUUGCAUUUUGCAGUUUUCAUUUAGGAGACUAUCAACAAGCACUGAAUCAAUACAAUGAAAUAAAAACUCAAGAACCCGCUACUGAUAAUAUCAGUUUAAAUAUAUCAGUUUGUAUGUUUUAUUUGGGUAUGUACGAGGAUGCACAGAAACUAAUUGACCAAAGUCCCAAUAAUUCUUUGAAGUUGCGUUUACUUUUUCAUUUGGCACAUAAAUUAAGCAACGAACCAUUAAGCAUACAAGAUUUGCAUGAUUCCUUACAGGACACAAUUGAGGAUCAAUUAAGUUUGGCGUCUAUGCAUUAUCUGAAAUCACACUAUCAGGAAGCAAUUGAUAUAUAUAAACGUAUACUAUUAGAAAAUAAGGAUUAUCUGGCUAUAAAUGUCUAUUUGGCAUUAUGUUUCUAUAAACUGGAUUAUUAUGAUAUGUCGCAGGAAGUGCUUGGAAUUUACUUAGCUAAACACAAAGAUAGCACAAUUGCUGUUAAUCUUAAGGCUUGCAAUCGAUUUAGACUUUUCAAUGGACGUGUUGCUGAACAAGAAAUCAAGAAUUUAGCAGAUAAUGGAACUUUUGGAGCUGAUCUCAUCAAGCAUAAUACAGUUGUAUUUCGUAACGGUGAUGGUGCUUUACAAAUAUUUCCUUCAUUGCUAAAUAUAGUGCCCGAAGCACGUCUAAAUUUGGCUAUUUACUACUUGAAACAUGGAAACAUACAAGAAGCGCAUUCUCUUAUUAAAGAAGUACAACCUACAGUACCAUAUGAAUACAUUUUGAAAGGCGUAGUUCACGCGGCUUUGGGUCAGCAAUUGGGAUCUCGUGAACAUAUUAAAACUGCACAACAAAAUUUACAUCUAGUUGGCAGCUCUGCCACUGAAUGUGAUACUAUACCAGGUCGUCAGAGUAUGGCUUCAGCCUUCUUUUUAUAUGAACAAUUUGAGGAGGUACUGGUGUAUAUGAAUUCUAUACGUAGUUACUUUAUAAAUGAUGAUACUUUCAACUAUAAUUAUGCUCAAGCAAAGUGCGCUACUGGCUACUAUAAGGAAGCUGAAGAAUUACUUGUACAAAUUACUGAUAUGGAAAUAAGAAAUCAGCAUACUUUUAACAUGGUACUCUCUAAAUGUCAUAUACACUGUGGACAUCCUGAACAGGCUUGGAACUUAUUUAUUGCACGGGAUACAAGUUCGGAAGCGUUUUUACUACUUCAACUCAUUGCCAAUGAAUGCUAUAAGUGUGAAGAAUUUUGGUUUGCCGCAAAAGCUUUUGAUAUGCUAGAGAAACUGGAUCCUAGCCCAGAAAAUUGGGAAGGUAAACGUGGUGCUUGUGCUGGAGUCUUGUUUGCGACAAUAACAAAAUAUAAAAAAAUGCAGAUGCCACACUCGAUUUCGGAAGUUAUAGGAUUAUUGCGUGAAUCUUCAUAUCCACAAGCAGAAACUAUUAUUAGAACUAUACGCAAAUAUGCAAACAUACUUAAGUAA